AUGUCUGUGACACAACCUGCAGAUUCUGGCGGUCCCUCCGAUCAACAACAGACUCUGCAGGUAAACAUUUGAAUUUGAAUCAUUUUUGGUUUGGAACACGCGUGAACGUGACCUUGAAAUUUUUCGAAAAUCUUUAUUUUUAUUUUGAAAAAAAAACAUUUUGUUUUUAGGUGGAUCAAAAAUUGGCUGAUAUGAAUCACCAAAUUGGAUCAUGGGCUCAAUUGAUGGAAGAAGAAAAUGAAGAAGAGGUAACUUUUUUGGCGAGAAUAGUUUUUGAUUUUCAAUGAAGCUCUCAGUUCAAAUCAGAAACUAAAGAAAUUUCCGAAUCCUUUGAUCAAUUAAAAAACCCCAAAUUCAAAUAAUUCUUUUCUCCAGCAAUUCAUCGAAGUCAGUGCAGAUGAAGAUGAAGGAACCGAUGAAAUUGAUGGAGCAGGAAACGGCGAAUCGAGCUCAAGAUCACCUGAAAAGCGCAAAUUUGUUCCAGAUGAUCCACCAUUCAGAGUACAAGUCACCAACAUUUCAAUAAAUCAUAACAAAGAGGAAAUUUUCUACUUUUUCGGCGGCGAUUCGAAUAUAAAAACCUUCUCAUUUCGACCCGAAAAAGCGAGAGCCGAAUUCGAAUUUCAUUCAAAAAUCGGAUUAUUGGAAGCGUUGGAGAGAAAUGACACCGAAUUCCAAGCAUCGAUACUAAAAGUUUUCCCAUUACGAAAUCAUAUGGCUGGAAAGAUUUCAGCAAGACAAUCAAGUGAUUAUGGAAGUCAUGAUAGUCAUAAUCGAUAUAAUAAUCAGAAUCAAUAUGGAGGUGGAAAUCGAAGGUAUCAAAAUGAUAAUUAUCGAGGAAGUCAUUAUAAUAGUCAAUCGAGUUUGAACAGCGAGAAACUACCGAGAAAUUAUGAUAAGAAGUGAGUGAAUUUUUGGGUUUUAUGAGCGGGAGCGGGAAUUUUAUAAAUUUUAAGUUUAGAAAAGAUUUUUAAAAUCUAACUGUAAACAUGAGUUAUCAUUAUAAUGUUUCACUUUUUCAAAACAUUGCCACGCCAGUCAGAUCUUUAUCUUUAAUUUUCCAGCUAUCGUGACAAUCGGUAUCAACAAAAUCACUAUGGAACUCUUCCAGCUGGUGGAAUUCAUAAUGAUCGAAAAAACUAUAAUAAUUAUCGAGGUGGACAUCAGAAUAAUUAUCACAAUGAUCGAAAUAAUUUCAAAGCUCCGCGACAUCCAAAUUAUGAUCGACAAAAUAGUGGACCAGUUCCACAUCAAUAUAGGGAUAAUCGAUAUGAGAAUCAAGGAGGUCCGAUACAAAGAAGUGGAAGUUAUCAACACAGCAAUAAUAACAGUAGGAAUAAUGAUUAUCAACAACGACAACCACAAUCUAUUAAGUAAGUCAACAUUUUGUGAAAUAUCCAAUUAACAUGAGCAAUGCUUGAAAAUUUUCAAUUUAUAGCAUUUUUUAAUUUUUGGAAAACGUGUGAAGAAGUGAAAGCAUUUCCAAUCUGGAUAUUUCGAUGAAAAUAUGAUUUUUAAUGAAUCCCUGAAGAUUUUUAAUUAUUAGUUUUCAUUUAAAAAAUAAGUCACAGAUUAAAUUCUCAAAUAUCUCAAUUUUCCAGCGCAAGAAGUCGAACUGAAUCACAUUCCACGAAUUUCGAUCAAUUCUCCCGAACAAGUUCUCGAAUGUCAAUCGACGAAGCCGGUGUUCCGAAACCAAUUCAACGAAAAGUCUCGGCAAAUCCAUUCGGAGAUGCAAAACCAGUUGAUACACAAACCAAGUUAUUGGAAAUUGAAAAACGGCAAGCGGAAAAAGAACGAGCUGAAAAAGAGGCGGCAAAACAGUCGAAUUUGAACUUGAAUGAAAAUGAUGAACAACAACAUCAAGAACAAAAUACUUCGAGUCAUAAUCAUACAAAUAGUAGUAAUAGUCGGAGUUCGAAAAAGUUGAAGAAAACAAGUUCGAAUUCGAAUCAAAGUCAGAAUGAUGGAGAAAGAAGGCCGUCGUUUGAUCAAGGAGCACUUCCUGGAACUGUUACGUAAGUUAUUUUGGAGAAGAUCUGGUUUGGGCGGAAAUCUAAUGCUUUUUUUCUCAAGAAAAAAUCGAGCUGAAGACUGAAAUUUUUCCAAAACAAUAGAAUAUUUUCAGAAUCAAAAAACGCGAAACGACUGACACUGAUAAACAACGAGAUGACGAAUGUUCAACUCCGCCAGUUGAUCCAUAUCAAUAUCCCCCAACAAAUCAAGAUACAAGCAAUGAUUCGACACCUCCUCCACCACCACCAACAACAAUUAUUCCACAACAACAAAAAACUGGAGGAAAACCAAUUCGACCAAACAACAAACCAUAUGUUCCAAAAGGUGGAAUUUUGCAAAAAAGUGCGACUGUUGGACAAAUUGACCAAAAUCAAAGUCAAAAUGAUGGAGAAAAUCGGCGGCAGAAAGAUGGGUGAGUUUUAUUUUUUUUUUUUUGGAAUUGUUGACUGAUUUCCACGUCAUAAGCCACGAUUUAUUCUUGGAGAAAAUCUGAAAAUUAGAGAAAUAUACCAAUUAAUUGCCAAGAACUUAUUUUUCAGAAAAUUCCAUCGGAAUUAUUCUGGUGGCCACCGGCGACCGAGUUUUUCGGGAAGUGAAAAUGGAAAACCACCGACUGGAAAUCGAGGAGCAAUUGUCCCGAAAAAAGCGGGAAAUAGUAAUUCGGCAACACAAAAUCGAGGAGCCGCCCCACAAAAACAACGACUUGCAUCGAAAAAUGAUUCGAAAAAGAAUGAAGAAGUGAAAAGUCCGCCGGCUGAGCCAAUUUCAACUGCUCCCGAACCACCAGUGGAAACUGUGAAAACCGCUGCUCCAGAAAGCCAGAAAGUUGAGGAGAAUUCGAAGAAUAGUAGCACACAGGCGGCCGCGGCUUCACCAAGUACGACAAAUCAGAAAAAGAAGGAUAAGAAAAAGGAAAGAAAGGUGAGAAAUUUGAAAAGAGGUUUUGGGGAAAAUUUGAUUAUUAAAACAAACAAUUUGGAACAUUCUUUUGAAUUUUGAGUUUGCUCGAAUUUUUUAAUGGAAAUUUGACAGUAGUCAACAAUAAAAUUACAAUUUUAAACAUUUGCCCCGAGAAUUACAGAUUUAAAAAAUGUAUUCGAAAGUUUUAUUGUGAAUUCCCAAGAUUGAAAUCGUCGGAAACUUUUAUCAAAAUGUUUAAAGCUCUCGAAUUUUUUUCCGAAAAGUUCACUUGAAAAACAUGUCCCAAUUUUUUUUAAUUCAAAAAUUUUGAAACAUCGAUUUUCAGAAGGAGCUGACACAUUUACAAAACAACAAAUUUUCGGCACUUUUAAAUUGUCCACAGUAA